ACUGGGCUGAUGGUGGCUUGUUACCAGGGGUUCAUAGAUAUUGUCUUCCUCUUGGCCGAAUGCCCUCACCUAGAUGUCAACUGGCAAGACAAAGAGGGAAACACAGCUCUGAUUAUCGCAGCACAAGCAGGACACAUUACGAUCACAAAUCACUUGUUGAAUUAUUUUCCCGGAAUUGACAUCGAGAAGAGAAACGUCCAUGGGUUCACUCCGCUGAUGAAAGCAAGCAUGCAAGGGAAAACGGAUUGUGUCAGAGCCCUGAUGUUGGCGGGUGCAGAUAUUAAUGCCAGGGAUCCCGGAAGGGGUUUUACCCCAGAACAGUGGGCACAGUUUACGGGGCGGUACGGAACUAUCUUUCUUAUGCGCAAACUCCUGGCCAAGCCUUGUCCUGUCCAAUUCAGUGACAGGUAUAAGCCCGAGUGGCCAAAAUUGAAAGAACUCGUAGCCAAAGCCAAUGAGCCCAAGAGCUGUUUGGAAAAAAUCUGUGAGAGUAUCACGUCAGCCUUGACCAUCAACUUUCCUCGUGAUCCAGAAGAAGAUGGGCCCAUGGACCACAUGGUCAGGAUGACCACUGCAAUUUGUAGCCCUUUUGUUGCCACUGGAUGCAGGACAGUUUGCCCGAGCGACCCCCCUUGUGUGGGAGAGAGGAGGUUCACGGUGCAGGAGAUCCUGAGGAAGCAGGAAGUGAAAGCUCCAUUCAAGAAGUAUACUAAACACCAAAAAUUAUUUCAGAACUCUCAGCUUGUCGUGGUCCCAAAAAGGAAAGAAAGGAGAGCCAGCUUGCCACCGCUAACUUCUCUCUCCAAACACACGACAGGCGCUUCCUCCAGGAGGGGUAGCCUGAUACCCUUGAGCUUGAUGAAGUUGAGCAGUGUGCAACCUGGAGUCGUGGUGCCCAAGGUGCGCGUGUUCAAAGCACCCACCCCAACCUAUGAGCCUGAGAGAGUGCAGCGAAAGAGCAGUGUGAAGAAGGGCGGAAACUUCCUGGAACUACCCCAGUGGAGGUACAAGGAACUGAAAGAGGAGAGAAAGAAAGCAGAGGAAGAAGAGAAGAGAAAAGCUGAAGAAGCUGAGAGAGAGAGAGCAGAGAAAUUGGCAGCGAAAAGAAGGUCAUGAUGUCAAAAAGGACCUCUUAGAAUGAAAAGUAGAUCAAAACAAAGAAAUUGUAAUCUUGCACUUCUGAUUGAUUCCUCUGAUCAAUAGGAAGAAUUAUUAACUGCAAGGAGAAGGCUUUGAGUUGUGAAUGGCUCAUCCUACAUUUGGACC